UGACGUCAAGUUGACCAUUCCAAAAUGGCAGACGUGUCAACGUAUCUGGAGGGGUCGAAUAGGACAUCUAUACAUAUCUAUGGAAAAGGUGACAAUGAGGACUGAGACAGGGCCUGGGACUGAGGUGCCACCCCAACAUAAGGGUACUGAAGUUACCAUUACAGAGUCAGCUUCAGAUGGUAAAAUGGCGAAAGAGGAUAUCAAGCCUCAUGACGAUUCUAAAGAUGUACAAGAUGCAUCACACAGAACAACAUCUGACAAGAGCCCAAGAUCCCCUCAGAAAGGCUCCAAACGUUCCAAGACUGUUCCCUUUAAAGUCACACUUUUGGAUAGAUCUAUUUAUGAAGAAAACAUUGAGAAACAGUGUAAGGGGCAGGUUCUCCUGGAUCUGGUGUGUGAACAUCUAAACUUGUUGGAGAAGGACUAUUUCGGCUUGACCUUCAGUGAUUCUGACAGCCAAAAGAACUGGUUGGACCUGUCCAAAGAGAUCAAGAAACAGAUGAGAACGUCUUCUUGGCAUUUUAAUUUUGCUGUCAAGUUUUAUCCACCAGACCCCUCCCAGUUAAUGGAAGACAUUACAAGGUACUACCUGUGUUUGCAGCUGCGAAAUGACAUCCUCUCUGGCUGUCUGCCCUGUUCCUUUGUCACACAUGCUCUGCUGGGCUCCUACACUGUGCAGGCGGAACUGGGAGACUUUGACAAAGAUGACCAUGGCUCCGACUACGUUAGUGACUUCUGCUUUGCCCCCAACCAAACUCGCGAACUGGAGGAGAGGGUGAUGGAACUACAUAGAACUUACAGGGGAAUGACACCUGCUGAGGCGGAAAUGAUCUUCGUGGAAAAUGCAAAGAAACUUUCCAUGUAUGGUGUCGACCUGCAUCAUGCUAAGGAUUCAGAAGGGAUUGAUAUCAUGCUGGGCAUCUGUGCCAAUGGUCUAUUGAUUUACCGUGACAGGCUGAGAAUCAAUCGAUUUGCCUGGCCAAAAAUCCUCAAGAUCUCCUACAAAAGGAGUAAUUUCUACAUCAAGAUCCGUCCUGGAGAGUAUGAGCAAUUUGAGAGCACCAUUGGUUUCAAGCUUUCUAACCACAGAGGCGCCAAGAGGCUAUGGAAAGUUUGUAUCGAACACCACACCUUUUUCAGGCUAGUGUCUUCUGAGCCUCCACCAAAGGGCUUUCUGGUGAUGGGUUCAAAGUUCAGAUACAGUGGAAGGACUCAGGCCCAGACACGGCAAGCCAGCGCUCUGAUUGAUCGGCCCGCUCCCCACUUUGAACGGUCCACUAGCAAGAGAUACCUUCUUUCAUGCAGUCUAGAUGGAGAAUUUUGUCAACCGGUGCCCACACUGGGUGAAAUUCAUGAUGAUCUGUCUCAGAAAAGUGAGAGUGAGCAGCCACAGUUUCUUUCUGAAGAUGAGGAUGAAGCUGAUCCCGACCUCAGUCUAGAUCAAGAUCAGGAGCAGGAACAGGAUCAAGAGUAUAGCAACAGUGAAGAGACUGUUACAACACCUACAAGGAAAAAGGACAUUAAGAAGGAGUCAACCCCUCUACACAAGCAGGAGUUUCUAGACAAAUCAGAAGAUGUUCUCUCGAAGCACCAAGCCAGCAUCAACGAGCUGAAGAGGGCCCUGAGGGAGCCCAAUAGUAAACUGGUGAACCGGGAAAAGCGUCUGUCAGGGACAUCCCCAGGCGACACUCCAGAGAAGAAGGCAGAGGCUGUUGGUGCAGGGGUAGGGGAACCUGACAACAGCCUCUCGGUGGAGGGCUUCAUCCAGAAGACUCUAGUAACUUCACCUGAGGACUCUGAAGAAUGGGUGUUACUCAACUAUGAAAUGGAGGAGAAAGGAAAGCACAAAGCUAUUACACCUCCAACUCCUCUGGUCAUUGAUCCCCUUCCAAAGGAGGAGACAGAAAAACAACAGGAAAUUACCAAGAUGACACACAUUGAGCUAAUUAGAGUGGACAGUGAUGAGACACAAUUGCACAUGAAGACUUUUGCAUCCUCAAACAUAUCACUAAUGGAAAAGUCAGGUGAAUCUAAGGAAAAUAUCAUCACAGGGGAAGAUGUCACAACUAAGAUUAAAUCUAAAUUGUCUCAUGAAAUAUCAAAAAAAGACCCUACACCACUUGCUGUGUCUCGACCUAACAACAAGAAGAAUACCAUUACGGACAUCAUGGAGGAGACUUCUCAACAUAAAGUCGGAAGAGAGAAAAGACCUCAAAGCUUAAACUUGGGGAAGUUGAGUGACUUUGUGUAUGAGACAGAAGCCAAAGAUUCAAACAUCACACAUGAUAGUGUAGAGUCUGAUGAGGACAAUAAUGCUGAACUUAUAAAGGCAACUGUGAUCAGUCAUCUUGAAAAUUUCAGCUCAACAACAGACACAUGGUCAUCAUCUAUGCCUGAAAAGCUAAAUCAGCUAGCCACAAAUACAUAUGCUGCACCACUACUUAGAGAAAGCACAGAGUUUGACAGAGUAGUGGAAAAAGACAUGCAGAUUCCCAAUCAGGGAGCCAUAAAGAUUAUGUAUGAAAGUUUGCAUGAUGCAAGAAAAUCUGAUGGUGCAAUAAAGUUUGUAGAAUGUCAAGAGCAGUUAUCCAACGAAGUGAAGAUUAUGAACACUGAAGACAAACAAGAACACCAAGUUUCAGUCUGUGGCCCUGGCAAAGAUGAGAUGAAAAGAGUCAAGACUGAUAUCAGAUUUGAAGUCAUGAAAGUCAUCAUGUUUGAUCAUAGCGAGAACGAAGCAAAAUCUGGCAAAGCAAAGAAGAAAGAAAUUGAAGAGUUGGGUCUUGAAAAGAAGAUAAGCAAUUUUGAACUGGAGGAAUCUGCAGGAAUCCAACUGGCCAUGGAACUGAGAAAGACCAGCCAGAGAUUAACUAGACAUGUGAGAACAGAUAUAACAAGAAUUGUUCCAUUAAAACCUGAGAGAAUGAGCCAAGGCUACAAAGAUGAUCUAGAUAUUGGUCAAAGCUCUGAACUAAUGAAAGGAAAUUUUAAAAGAUAUAGUAUGAAUGAAUCUUUUGUGAGACACUUUGACCCCUGUAAAUUCGAGAGCAGGGACACUAGCUAUUCCCAUGCAAACUGCACCACAAGUCUAGUGAAAGCUAAUACAAGUCAGGAGUUAUCUUUAGCUAUGAAAGACAUCUGUUUGUGCUCGGAGCAUCAAGUGAUAAAGUGUCUUGAGAGUUCACCAAAGGAAAGGGGUAUAAGGAAUGAAGACAUCACAAAACAUACCAGCAGAAUAGUCCACAGAGAUCUUCUGCAUACUGAUGAGGGAAUUUCAGAACUUCACUUCUCCAGACACACAGUCAACCAAAAAAAUACCCCUCCAACACCUCCAGUCAAAACAAAGAAAGCAAGAGAAUCAGGUCUAUUUCUGCGCAAUAGUUGCAAUUUCAGCAAAGACCCAACUCUUGAAGCCAACAAAAAGAACCUUCCGGAGCCUCUGUCCACUAUUUCUCUUCUUGAAGACCCACAAUAUGCUGUUAAGCAGCCUCACUCUGCCCUGGAGGACGACUAUAAUCGUGAGUUUGCUGGCUUGAAGGACACCUACCUGGCCAUCGAGAGGAAAUGUUCAAGUAUGACUGUCAGCUCCAUUUCAAACCUGGAAGCUGAGGUGGAUUUCACUGUCAUUAUGGACUUACACAGUGGCGUGGAGGAAUUUUCUAGAGGCAUGACUGAGCUGGUUGAGAAGGACAAAGUAGAGCUGGGCAGGGAGAGUUUUGACAACACUCCCUGGUCUCACUCCACCUGUCACAUGAAUUUGCAUGAUGUAUCAUCUGGAAGAGAACAUUUCCUUGAAGGUUGUGGUCGUCAAGAUAUAGAACCUGUAAGGGCGAGUUUGUAUUCCAUAAACAGGUCAAAAGAGGAAGAGAUCUACAGAAUUACUGGCGUUCCGUUGGGACUGACCUCCAGAAGGAAGGUAGUCAUGACAGAUGCCUCCAACUCGGGUUGGGCAUUCCUGCCAGCCUUAACCCUCUGGGGUCAACAAGAGGCAUAG